AUAUGUGGAAGAUGAUAUUGUUUUAUCUCUCAAUAUAAAAUCUGCAGAACUUUUUAAUGCCAAUGAGAAAUGGGAAAGGACAUUUAUUGAAUUAAGUCAAUCUGAUCCAGUUUUAAGGAAAGUUGUAAAUAUGCAAAAUUUAACAGUUUGUUUAGACAGAAGAGAUGCUAGUGGAAAAAUUCAGACUUAUCAAGAUCCAUUAUUAUAUCGAUGUUCAACAGUGUGGAGGUGGUACAGUGCUUACGAUAGUCCACAUUCUAAAUUAGCAGCUGUUACUCGAAUACAUGUAUUCUGCGAUUGUUUAGACUUCUCAAUAACAGAUCAACAGUUACCCAUGCUACUACGUUUAGGUCAGUUAUGCUUGCUAUUACUUUAUGGCGAAGUAGGAUGUAAUUAUGAAGAAAUGGUUGCUUCUUCUGAAUUAGAAGUAAAUAAUUCAUCAAAUCAAGAACAAAAUAUGUCAGUAUCUCAGGCAGGUGGGCAAUCAGAUGGAAGCAAUGUUGGAUGGGCCAGUUGGGCAUGGUCGUUCGUACCAGAAAUUUUUCCACUUUGGGAAGAUGAAGAAGGAAUGGAUGAAAUUAAUGCAAAAUUGUUGACUUCUUGCAUAACACAAUUUGGAUUGUUUAUUGAUAAAGCAAGCUGUGUAUUUAAGUUAUCAGAAACUCUUCGAGAUACAGCGUAUUACAGUCCUCCCAAACUUAGUUUUCAGCCAAUAAUAAACCUUAAUUUUUAUGGAAUUGCAACUGAAAUCACCAAAAAAGGAGAAGAUUAUGCAAAUAUUCAUAUGGGUGUAACUGCUGUUAUUCUAAGUGGAAUUGGUGAUUGUCCAUGCAAUAAUAGUGAUGGAGAAUUAUUAGAUAAUGAAAAUAAUUAUUUUCGAGCUGGCAUACUUCCUUCUAACGGCCAUACCUAUAAUUAUUGUACUUCUUCGUUGUUUGAUCCACUUGCACCCGAAAAUUGCAAUCAAAGAAGAGAAUAUAAUUUUGAUAGAGAAGAUCAUUUAACCAGACUUACUGAAAGUAUAAUGAUUGAAAGAUUUCCAGCAUUUUCUUUUGACUACUUUUAUGAACUUGAAUUACCUGAAGAUUGGCAAGGAUCUUACUCUGACAUAACUCCAUUAUAUUUGGAAAAAAAUAAUUUUCAUGAACGGUCUCUCUGUCGAAUGGUGCUUGGACCUUCCUGUCUUGAAGUAUCUAGUGAUAUGGUCCAUAGAUUUUUAAAACUUUAUCAUUAUGCAAAUAUUUAUGAUUAUCCUCCUUAUAAUAUGAAUAAUUUAGAUGCUGCUUCAAAAUUGUUUAGUUUUUCUGAUGAAAUUGUUGAUGAAUUAGAAGAAUUUGUACCUCAAAGAAUUUAUCAUAUUACUUUAAUUAAACCACUUAUUCAUAUUCAUGUAGCAAAUCAUCCCUAUCAUAAAUUAAAUAUUAAGAAAACAUCCAGGAAACAUAGAAAGAAAGAUAGAUUAUCAAAGAUCAGAGAUAUAAGAAAUGUAACUCAAAAUUCUGACCAAAGCAUUAUUGUAGUAAUUAGUAUGGAUUCAAUUGAUUUUCAAUUUAGUAAACCCAUGUAUCCUUAUAAAAUGGCAAAGAUAGUAUCAUCUCUUGAAAAUCCAUCAGAAACUCUUCUUCAUCAGUGUCAUGCUCAUUAUUCUUUAAAGGUUUUUGGGCUUGAAGCAACUUUAGCAAGAGAAGAGAAAGCAUUACACACAUUAUUAUUACCAUGUAGUUUUGUCCUGUGUAGAAAGUUGUUACUCUUACAAUCACUAUGGUCAAGUCAUCAGAAUAUUCAUUUAGUCAAUGAUUGGAUAGAAAUUAACAACAUAAAUAUUCAGUUAAAACACUCUCAUCUAAUUGCUUUAUUAUACAUGUGUUUCUCAUGGCUUGAUUCAAGUUUUACAUUUUCACAUAAUAUUGUCGCACUCAUACUACAGAAUGCAUUUAUUAAAGAUAAACCAACCAUAAUAUUACAACUUCAAAACAUGGAAUUUCAUAGAGCUGAAACUGAAUCUUCUAUUAUUGGUGAUGGAUCGAUACAGAAAAUAAAACUUUAUUUAAAAGAUAAUGAUCAUUCUGUAACAUUACUUAAUGGGCCUGAAGAUACAAAAAACAUCCACAGAGCUUCUUUCUUCCAAAAUAUUUCUUGUGAAUCAGAUGUGUUGGGAAAUUGUUAUGAUAUUGAAAAUAAAUCUUGUAUUGUUGUCAGUUUUCGUUGGCCAAAAAGUUGGUUGAACCAAAAAACUCCAAUAUUAUUGAAACUUCAAUUAAGUGGAAUGGCUGGAAAUCUUGAUCCUGCAAUUAAGCUGUGGUUUAUUGAUCGUUUGGCUUUAAAUAAUGUCCUUUCAAUGAAUGUGAAAAUGGCUGAACCUGCUUCGAUCAUUUCAUCGCCAAUAGAUGAAUCUUAUCAAGAUAAUUCGAUUAGUAGCAGUCAUACAGCAACUCCAAGUAACAGCCAAACAGCUAGCAAAUCUCAUUCACUUCCGGUAACCAACACUUCAAAAAAUGCUACUUUAAAUGAAAUAUUAUCUUCAGAUUUGAUAGAAAGGAUAACAUAUUUUUAUAAUAUUUUAAAAUACAUUUUAGCACAGAUUGAAGUAGAAAGUUGUUGCAUUCUGUUUACUUCACAAAUGUGGGCAACUUCGAGUGACGUUUACACUGGAAACUCCGUAUUAUCUUCCUGGAAAAAUGCUUACAUUAAUGAUAAUCUCUCUCUUGCAUCCAUUUUAUCACUUCCGCAACUGAAGUUACAGAAUAGAAAUGUCUCCAAUGCAAAACAAACUGGAACUUUGUCAAAUAAAGAAUUACCAGCAAUUAAUAUGGAGGAUUGGAAUCUUGAAUCAACAACAUUUUCUUGGUCAAUACAACUUUACAAUUCUAGUCUUUAUUCAUUACACAAAAAAGGAAGCACUCGAUAUAUCCUAAAGCCAACGUCUGCUGCAAUAACUUUAGCUGAUAAUACCAAAUCUGCUCUGUCGCCAUCUACACAACUUGGGUUUUGCAUUCAUGUCGAUACAGAACCCUUACAUCUUUGUUUAUCAGCAAUUCAGGUACAAAUAAUGGUGAAUGCAAUGAAAUGUAUGUUAGACUGUUAUGAACAGAUGAAGAUAAACAAAUGGAUGGAUUCUUUAAAGAUUCAUGAUACUUUCAGUAUUUUAACUCCAAUUGAAUCUAUGUCAAAAACGAAUCUUUUGAUCGAUACUAGUUUGACAGCAAACACUCCAGCAGAAGUUAUUGAUGUAUCAACUGGAGAAAAAGAAAUGAAUUCUGAAAAUGCUUCAUCUUUAACAGAUGUAUCUUUAAAAGGAGAAGAAAAGACCCGAAUUACUCUUUGGUUGCAGUGGACUUUGCCUAAAUUUAGUACAAGUUUAUUUGGUAAAGAAAAUACAGAAACAUAUUCCUGGUUACAGCUAGAAGCUGAAGAAAUAACUUUAUCAUUGGAUAUUCAAGAAAUAUACAUGAAGGCAAAAGGAAAACUUUCUUCUUUUAAUAUCAGUUCAUUUCAAAAAAGUAAAGAUAACACUGAAUGGAUACCAGGUCCGUUUCGAGGCAUAGUACUCUGUUCUAAUAAUAAAUUAACUCAUAAUAUUCAUAUUGGAUCGCCAAAACAUGCCAACAUUUCAUCAACCUCCUCUUCUUCUAAUCAGAUGUGUGACCUUCAGAAUCAUGCAUUUUUACUUGUAACAUAUACACAAGCAUUGUGUAGAAAUGUUAAAAAGAAACUAACGACAAAAUAUCAAAGUCAUUCAAUGGGUGAAAAACAAUCUGAUAUUCAAAAAUUGUUUACUAAUCAACAGUCGGAGCGUUAUGUAAGUGAAAUUGACAUACAGAUUCAUCCAUUUGAUAUUGUCCUUUGGAUGCCUUUGUUUUCAGUUAUUUCACAAAUUGCUUCCCCAUUAUUUUCUUUAAUCGAGAGGCAAGUAAUACCAAUAUCGGUAAAUUCAUCAAAGCCGAUUGGAUGGAGUACCAAUAAUCAUCGAUUACCUUUACUGUACGUUAAUGCAAAAACUAUAAGAAUUUUCUUACCAAGGACAGUUAGUUGUGAUGUCGAUAACUACAUUCAAACUAAAGAUAUAAGCGAGCCUUCUGAGGACAGAAAUAACAUUUCGAUGUAUUCGAAUCCCGAUUUAAUAUUGUUUCACAUUGGUGCAAUCAACAUGAUACCACAGGCCGAUAAUCCCCUAUCUCGUAUCAUUAUACAUAAAGAAUUAUAUCACGCUGCUCAACAGUCGAGAACUUUAAAUAUUCCUGGAUCCGAUAUUGAAGACCGACAAUAUCAGUUGGAUAUUUUUGGAUUAGCUAUUACUGCAGUUCAGUGGAAGGAAAUAAUUUUGCACAGUAAUUUGCAAAAUGAACAAAAUGCCUCGUCUGUAUUAAUAAUGGGAGAAAAUCCGGCUUUAGAAUGGAAUACCAGAUUACAGUGCAAACAAGAUUUAAACGAAGAUAUUGAAAUCACUUGUAUACCUAUUUUAUCUCAGUUUGAUAUCCAAGUUACUUUUGCUCCUGCAAUUGUGUACGAGUUGCCACAACAAGAAGAUGGAAAAGAUCUAGAGGAUAUUCUCAUAUGUGGCCAUUCUUUAGAAUUAAAUCUUAUAAAUGAAAUAGAUUUAUAUUUGAGUAUCCAACAAAUGGCAUUAUUUUGUGAUAUAUUUGAAAAUAAUAUUGGAUUAUUUUUACAAAGUCUAAAUGAACUGGAAAAUUUUAGUAAAAAACUGAAAAGAGAGAAACAAAAUCAAAAAUUUGAAGUGGUCAUGGAUAGUGGCAUAGACAGUGAAUGCUCGAUAUUACAGCCUGGUAUCUAUCAAAUUCCAUUUUUUCAUUCAGGAAUAGGAAUUCUUCCAACGACAGAGAUAAACCAAACACAUGUCAAUAAAUUUGUUCCCUUUGAAAUUCUCAUAACGGCAGGAUCCCUGUCAAUUACCAUGUUUGGUCAUAAAUCUGAUGAGUUUUCUGCAGUGCCAAUAAAACUUCAUUCUGGUACAAAGCGAAGACUGCGUCGUCGUCAUCAUCAGACAUCAGAUGGUAAAGAUGAUGACAUCACAGUGAUUAAUUUCCAACAGAAAAAAAUUAAUCAGCAAAAGGAAGAAACUACAUCCACUGAUUCUAGUCCGCUCAAAAGUGUGGUUCCAAAAUACACCAAAAGUGAUAUCUUUCUUUUUAACGAAGAAGAAGGUUAUGAUGGUUCACAAGAUUCGAGUGAGAGUGAUACAGAUAUUCAAUCAAAAGAUUAUUUUAAACAACCUUCCAAGCUGUUUCCAUUUUUAUAUAUAACUAUAAUUCAACCUCAUGCAUUUAUGACUUCUUAUCCUUUGACUCAAAAAUUAGAAGUUAGUUGCUUUGACGUUCAAGUAAAAGGAAUGGCAUCAGGACAUUAUAUCCUAGAGUCAGAGAACAGUCUAAUUCCAACACCUGAUGUUUUCACUGUACCAUGGUUAGAAACGAAACCAGGAGAAGCAAAUGCUAAAACCGGAAUACCUCCAUCGCUGUAUACUUUAACCUGUAAAGAUUUCUUACAUCAACCAGCUAUGAUACAUAUGUGUUUUGAAAGACCCAUAAAAUGCAAUGUAAGUCCAUCAAAAUAUCAUCAAGUUUCUUCGUUUAUUAAUUCAAUAAAGAAAUACGUCUUUAAGAAACAAAAUUUAGAAGUUAAAAUGGAAAAGGAAGAAAAUACGGAAAAUAAUGAUGAAACAGAUACAGGGGCAAAUAUUAAAAAAUUUCGAGAAUUUAUCAGUCACCUUAAAUCCUUUGAAAUUUCUACUGUACAAACUGUUUUUGUUAUUGAUUUGGGACAAAAAUCUCAAGAUCUUCAGCUCACAUUAUCAAUUGAAAAUAUACAUGGAAUAUUAGAUAAAGUUCCAAAAACACAGACAGAGAUCUUCAAAAUAGAGUUUAUAAGUCUUCUAUUAAAAACUGCUUAUAAUGGGCAUACCUGUCCUCUCAUAGGCCCAUUUACAACAAAACUCCAGCUAACAACAAUAUGGAAAAUUUGGCAUCUUUGUUCGCCUCUGCCACAGCUUUUGUUACAUCUUCAAGGAGAUGCAGUUGUUUUGACAUUUGGACCUAAACAAUUAGAGAGCCUUCUAGCUUUACAGAAUGUCUUGCAACAAUUCAUUAAUAAUACUGAAAAUGAUUCACAAGAAUCAACAAACAAAAAUAAAUCAACAGAACUGACUAGAAUAGAGUGGAAUGAUGAUUUGCGGAAAGGCUCAUUUCAGUAUAUACAGGAUACUGAAGGAAUUGGUCUUGAUCCUCAGCCUCAAGAGAUUGUUUUUUGUAAGGAACAAUCUGGGGAACAAAGUACGAUGACUUGGUGCUAUCCAGAACCACGAACUUUAACAUCUGUUACUGUGUAUCCGGUCCCAUUACAUCCAUCUUCAAAUAAUUCAGAAAUUGAAGAAUCAAUUGAAAAAGUUGAAUGUUCUCUUCAGUAUUGGGAUAAAUUACAGAAUUGCUUUAUAAAUUAUUGCAAUUUUCAGUUAUCUGAAACAUCUCAAUAUAAUUUGGAUUUACCUGUGAUAUGUUCUGAUUCCAGUCACAUCGCCAUUGUUUCAGAAAUAUGGAGAAUUGUUUUAUUUAAUACAGAAGAAGAUACUAAAAUUGAAAUUCUGUCGUCUGGAGCAUUAUCACCUCUUGUCUUGGCCGCUUGUCUUAGAGUUGAUUCUUGUUUCGAUCCUGCUCUUAUUCCAGUUUUAUCAGCUAGCAUGAAUUUUGAUUUAAUUCAGAUUUCUAUUUACAAUCAUUUCAAAAAAAUAGCUCCAUCUCUCAACUUACAUCCAUUUAGUUUUGAUGGUCAAGCACCCUUAGAUCAAGAAUUUCUCUUAAUAUCUGUUGAUGGUUUAUCUUUAAAUUAUAAAAAAUGGUAUCAGCAACUUAAAGUCGAUGUUUUGAUGAAUAUUGGAUGUGAAAUAUUGGAAUAUAAAUGUUUAACUAUGCAAACUAUGUUUGAACCUUUUGAUAUACAAGGACAUUUAUAUGUUAAUAUGGAGACUGAUAAGCCUCCUAUAUACGAGAUCAAAGUUACCAUUCAUCCAUGCUUCAUUCAAAUAAGUCAGUCGAUCAUUCAUACGUUAAAUAUCGGCAUUGAUAGUUGGUUGCAGGUUCUAAAUAAAUCAUCAGAAAUUAAACAAAUAUUACCAAAUUAUUACAUUAUCUGUAAUAAUACUCAACAAACAAUUUAUGUUGGACAAAUUGAUACUGAUGAAGCCAUUAUGUUACCUAGUCAGAAAAUGCAUGCUUACAGUUGGAAAUCACACAACAAUAAAAAGCAAAUUCAUGUCUGUUUGGAGAACAUGAAAUGGAAAUGGUGUGAAGCAUUUAGUAUAGAUUCAAGCAUGACUUUGAUUCAGACAGUGAAAAAUAAAGAAUAUUCAAUUACAUUGAUUAUCAAAAUAGUUUCUUUAUCUAAUGUGCAGAAACAGAUAAUUAUCAAUGGACAGUUAAUGAUUUCAAAUAAACUAAACCAAAAUUUAGAAGUUCAGUUACAGACUAUCAAUCCUUUUCUUCCUGUCAGAGAUUGGACGGGACAUAAAUUAACAUUGGGUUUAAAUAAGCAGAGUAUUCUGCCAUCAUUUAUCUUCAGUAAAAAUCAGAUUGGGGCAUUUCGAGUGAGACUGAUGGGGCUUGACACUCCCUGGUCCGAAAGCGUUACAAUUACGAAAAACAAAGUGCCAAAUCAAUUAAUUAAGCUACCAAUGAAAGAUAGUUCUCAUUACUUAUCUUUCUGGUGUCACAUAUUAGAUCAGCAAAUAACACAGAAAAUCAGUAGCACACUGAUUUUAUUUUCUCCAGUAUUUAUGGUUCGCAAUCAUUUACCACAUCCAUUAUUAGCACAUCUGGAUAAUCAUAUCUCACACUGUGUUGAAAUUUCUGGUCAAGGUGAAGAACAUCAACUCCUUACCAUAGGCGAUGCAAAUCUUUGUUACUCUCUGAGUUUUCAGAUGGCACCUGGUAUGAAAAUGUCUGCUCCGGCAAUUUCACUUUCCUCUUCUCUAAUCGAUGAAAUUAAAGAAACAUCAUCUGAUAUUGACUAUUCACUUCUGUAUAAUCAUACUACGUCUAUUCAAUCAUUAUGCUGGCCCUAUGAUAAUGCUGAAAUUACCAGUGAAAUCAAAGAACUCUUUAAAAAUAAUUCAACAUUACCAAAUAUUCCAAAACCGAAUCAUUUUUCCUGUAUAUCUAAACCUUCGGAGUUACCUGAUAUAGAGUUACAGGUUGGAUUAUCACAGCAGUGGCCCGGUUGUAACACUAUCUUAAUCGACGUUAAACCAUACGGUCUCCUUAUUAAUAAAACUAACAUAGAUUUAUACAUGUUGGAUGAUAACGGACAGGAAUGGAAGAUAAAUCGUUACUCCAUCUUUACUCCUCCAUCUCUUCAAAAAUCUUUCCAAAUAGGAGUACAACAUCAAGGAAAAUCAUUCUUUUCUAAAUCAUUACGGAUUAGUGAUCAAGACAGAUUGUACUGGUCAAAAAUGGAAGACGUUUUGCCUUUAUUUGGUUAUGCAACUAUACCCAUUGAAGUGGUUGACAAUAAAAUUUCGAAAAUAUGUCUGCUUCUUGUAUCAUCAUUAAAAGAAGAAGGAAUUAAUAUUGUUACCAUUCAGCCAACAAUUUAUAUUACUAAUAAUUCGAAUAAAGACCUCCACAUGAUUAGUUAUAUAUCAUUAACAUCACUUCAGAAAAUGUCGAACUGUCAGAAGCCAAUGAAGAUAAAAUCAACCUCCGAUAACUGUUCUGUACAACCUUUAUUGUUUUGGGAAAUUUCCGAUGUGUCAUUGUUCCGUGAAAACGAUAAUAAGUUGAGCCACUAUUUUGAAUUUUAUCAUUCGACAAAUCAAGAAACUGACGAAUACAUUAAAAAUUUUGAAUAUUGGAGCUAUCCCGUUUGCAUUCAACAAAAUAUGAAAUUUGAUCGAAGAUACACUUUUUCGAUUCCCGAACCAGAAAAACUGUAUACUAAACCAUAUGUUAUGACAUGUCAUGAGAAGAAAGGUGUUAAAUAUCUUGUUAUAACUCACGAUUCCUGUCCAUUAUUUAUGUUUCAUAAUAAUACUCAGUAUUCAUUAACAUUUGAACAUGUUUAUGCAAGAUCUAAUAAAGAAGGUGAUAUUCUUUCUGAAGAUACUGAAUCUCACCAAAGAAUUCUUAUUCUUUCUCCUCAUAAUUCAAUGCAUUACACACUGCCAGCAAUAUCUCAGAAGUUUCCAGAUUAUGUUGAACAUAUUCCAGCAAUGCAUUUCUCAUUAUAUGUGGACGAACACACUGAAAAAAUAUGGAGCAUUCCUGUUGAUAUUGCUAGAAUUAAUGAUCAGUUUGUUAAUAUUCCAAGUUGUGGUGAUGUUCGAAUAUACAAAGAAGAAGUCGGACACACGAGACACAUAUUCAUCGAUCCCGUAAACAGGGUAGAAGUCUCAGCUAAGGAAAUUCGUAGUCGAAUUGGAUUAAACACACAAGUAAUGUUAAAUUCUGAUGCAUUUACAAAGAUAGAAAAUGAAAUUGAAAUAUCAAAUGGUAGAAAAAGUAAUCAAGUAACAAUUGACUCACAAACUGAAAACAAUAUUAAUGAUACAAGAAAUAUUUAUUAUUUAUCAUUCUCGGCAACGCACAUAUGUUUUGUAUUGAAAGACGAUUUUAACGAAGAAAAUCCAAAAGAAAUUUUAAGAUUAAGUUUAGAUAAUAUAUUAUCAAUGGCACAACCUCCAUCGAUAAAACCACGUGAUUCUGUUUUAAAAUAUAACCACUGUAUGCAAGAAAUUAAUGUUUUUAUUGGUAAAAUACAAAUUGAUAAUCAAAUGAAUAGCACAGGUAUCAAAGGAUACGAUUUUCCAGUCGUGAUGAUACCUCAAAAUUGUCUGUCUUAUUCUGAAAUAUAUCAAAUAAAAGAAUCUUCUUUUCAAACUAGGUGGUCUAAAAUGAAAGAAACUGCGCAUGUUGUAGUAUAUUUAUUUUUACAAAAGACUUGUGAUAAUGGCUCUGCUACAGUUGCGAUUAAAAAUCUUUCCAUAACACUACGUCCAUCUUUGAUUUAUCUAGAAGAUUCACUAUAUUAUAAACUUGCAGAAUUACAGUCUUCUUUUCUAUCUUAUAAUUCCAAAAUGAAGUUACCAGAAUGGAAUAAUGAUUUGCAGCUUCCUUUAGAUAUUAAGAUCAUUAAUAAGACAUUUUCUCAUCCUGUUCAUAUUCAACAUUUGCAUAUCGAUGCCAUCAAUAUACUUUUAAGUCUUCAUGCCUCUGUCAAACUCUAUGUUGCCAUCGAUCAUUCUCCUCUUUCUUUUAAACCUUUUGAUAAAGAUGAAAUUUUUACGACAACUUUUAAACUUGGCCAUAUUAUCACUCAUCAUUUUUUAACUGGGGCACUUUUAAGAGCAGGUUGGGUCGUUGGAUCUCUUGAUCUUCUUGGCAAUCCUGCUGGAUUUGCGAGAGCUGUAAGUAACGGAAUGGCAGAUUUUUUCCGGCUUCCUUAUCAUGGCUUGCUUCAAGGUCCAUGGGCUUUCAUCGGUGGAAUAUCUCAUGGCUCAGCAUCUCUUUUACAGCAAAUAACAUCAGGUGCACUUGUUUCUGUUACAAAUCUAGCAGCAAGUAUUUCGAGAAACAUGGAUUUUUUGUCUAUGGAUGCAGAUCAUCUCUCUCGACAAGAGGAAUUGCGCCGACAGAAACCAGUAGGAAUUAGUAUGGGAAUUCUUCAGGGACUGACAGGAUUUGGCAUUAGUUUGCUUGGAUCAGUUGCGGGUAUCGUAGAACAACCGAUACAAGAAGUUCUACAACAACAUCCAACUUUAACACCUUCUUCUUCUGUGAGAACUGCAACUGGUUUUGUAAAAGGAGUAGGUAAAGGUUUAGUGGGUAUAGUUGCCAAACCAAUUGGAGGAGCAGCGGAAUUAAUUUCUCAAACUGGACAAGGAUUAUUAGAAGGUUCGGGAUGGAGAAAGCAGCCUUCUCGGCAACAUUGGCCUGUCGGUUCUCAGAUGGAAUUUAAUGUCAGCAAAAUGAAGUUUAUUUGGAAAAUGUUACAGAAUAUUUAUUCAGGAGAAAUUAUGUUAUGUGUAGAAGCAAACCAUUUAAACCAGUGCGGGAAAUACAUUUCUGACACGCUCAUUUUAACAACAGAGGCUUUAAUAGUAUUAAAUAAAGAAAAUGAUUCGGUGCAACAAAGGUUUCUACUAACUGGAAUAACCUGCGAAGGAACUGAAUAUCAAAGUGUUUUAUGCAUCACUCCGAAACAACAAACAGCCGAUAUUCCUUCUAAAGUGGGAAACCAGACCAAAGACAGAGUUGAAGAGUACAUUAAUAAGACGUCCCAAUAUAGCAUCCCAAACAUAAAUACUGUCUCUGACGAUCCGUCUCUUCCACAGGUUCCCAUAGCCUAUCACUAUUAUGUUCAUCCGAAAAUAAGGCCGAUUAUACUGUCUAUGUUUAAUAUAUUACAGAGAAGGUUAUUGGGGAAGGGUUUCUCAGUAUAAAUAAAUAAAAAGGACCAAUGUUUUUAUGUAGGUGGGUAUGUGUCGGACCAAAUGCAAUUUAAUAAAACAAACUUUUUAUAUAUUUCUAUUAUUGUAUAGUUUGUUCCUGUUUGUAAAAUAUCUGAAAAGGCAAUAAAAUAA